UUCGAGGGGCUUCUUUGUGGGAUUUCGGGUGUCUUCUUCUUGUUUCAAUCUUCUUCCCAUUCUGUGUCAAUUCUUCUGUGUUUUUGCCACGAGAUGGGAUUGCUUCGCUUUCGGAUCAGUGCAUUCGCUUUGCUUUUCUUUUCUUCCUUCUCCUCGGCUUUGCCUUCCACCUCCGAUGUCGUCAACCCGCCCUACCCCAAGGCGAUUGCUGAUUUAAAAGAGGCGAUUGUGAACGGAUUGGGGUUUCCGUCGGAGGAUUUCAAGAUAAGUGGGUUUGAUCCGAGGGAUGCCCAAGUGGGGCAUUCUGUGGCCUAUGAAUUCGACCUGGAGAUUGAUCAGAAGGUUAUUCCGUUCAAGUUCUUAGAGGACGUGAACCGGUGGGAUUACGUUGAUCUUCCGAUUUUCCGGAUUGAGGAACCGGCAAAACCCGGCGAAGAAAAGGCUCUGGUUGAGAAGAGGAGAUCGGAUAAUAAGUUACCAGUUUUGGCUCCGUUCCGAUUGGCGGGACCCAUGGAACUCUGGCUUCAGGACGCCAAGGAUAUGAGGAUUUCUCUCCCUCAUGAUGUUGAUGCUGGCGUGCUCAAGAAAGUCAUACUAGCAGAUGGUGCCGUUGUCACUGUCAAAGGCGCAAGAUCAGUUAGCCUUCGUAAACCACUUGAUCUCCCCCUCCCCUUAAACAAAUCACAGAGUGGAUUUGCCGUUGGUCUUAUGGCCUUGGCAGAGCAGCUCCGCCACACAUCUCGCUCCCGCACGCAGGAUGACCCUCUUCUCUCACUCCGCAUUGUUGGUGCAACAUCACUUUCAUCCCCUUCCUCAUCGACAACCUCUUCACAUAACCGGCUCAAGCUCAAGCGCCUCGCGCCAGGUCUGGUGGAACUGUCUUCCCCGUUAAACACUAAGGCCAUUGAAGCACUAUCCCCAAUUGAUAUCCAAAAUGAUGCUCCAACUCUGUUGACGCCAACUCAGUUUGCCACAAUGUGGCCUAUUGCUUCCAUCAAUGGAUCAAACGCUAACUUGUUGGGUUUUGAGGCUCUCUUAUCUUCUGUGUUGGGUCCUAAGGCAAACAAGAAAGGCUCCUUCAAGUUGUUGAAGGCAGAUGUUUCUGCUCAGACAUUCGUGAAGAUAGGGUUUCAGGCAGAGAAGAAGCUGAAGGAAGGAGAUGGCGAUUUGUUUAAGGAUUUCCCGGAAUGGAGGACUAAGCCAGAGACUGUGAAGAUGCAUUUUGAGGUGCUAGCAAAGGUUGAUGGUGAUAAAGUGAUACCGGAGAGAGUGAUGCCUGUAAACCCGUGAUUAUUGAAGACACUGUGGCCCCAAUUUACUGACUGGAAACGUGAGCAUGUCUAAGGUACCAAUAAUCUACACUCCUUCCAACCCCUUCACCUUGUAAGAUGAUGAAGGAGUUUGAUUUUGUUGGAGUCAACGAACGGAAUUGUAAAAUAUAGGAUGUUUUUAAUUUUUAACUUGAUUAUAUUCUUUUUCUUUCUUUUGAAAGAACUUGAUUAUAUACGUAAGCAUCACGAAACCUGUAAAUAUGUAUUUUGAUGAGAUGCGAUGUUCCAAUAUACCAUCAUAAAGAAUUAGAAUACGCGCAAGAGCUGCACUUCGUUUGA